AACGUCGUUCGCACCCGCUCCCGUGGUGGCGCCCACCAGAUCAGGUCCGGGGAACGCAUGGGGCCCGAAGAAGGAGGCCUCUUCGGCGCCUUCCCCUGUGGGUCAUGCUCCUGCCUCCGCCGGCGACCAGAUCUGGUCCGCGACACGCAUCGCCCAGGCGAGCGCAGUGGAGAAGGUAAUCUCCGGAAGAUGGCACCCGCCGAAGCCCACGUCUCCGCCGGCGCCGGUGUCAGUUCCGGUGUUGGAGACUCCCGUGGCCCCGCCAGAGAUUGAGAGGCCUAGGUCCGUUGGGGUGAGAGAGCUGGAUAGUGGGGUGGAGAGGGGCGCCGCACCAGUGAGACCCGCGUCACAUGAAGGAAGGAUUGGGGAAGGGAGAGCUGGGGAGGUGCCAGAGAGACCCAAGUUGAAGCUGCUUCCUCGGUCCAAGCCAAUUGAGGAUCCUGAACAGCGUCCUACCUAUGUCGAAGCGAAGCAGGUGCACCAGGUCCAGGUUACUGCUGGCCUCAUGAAGGCUGAGGAUAACCAUGAUCUGCACCAGAAUGCAAGGGCUACUGAAACAGGAGUUUUGGGAGCAGAUGCUGAGAGCAGGGUAGCAGAGCGACCACGGCUGAAUCUGAAGCCUCGUUCCUAUGUAACAGGACAGUCUGAUGAAAUUGCUGUCAAGGAAAGGCCAUCUCUCUUUGGUGGUGCUCGCCCCAGGGAACAAGUUCUCAAAGAACGUGGAGUGGAUGUUUUGGCCAGUGAUCUCGAGAAGACUUCACCAGUUGGCAGGUUGUUAUAUGUUGUGAUGCAUCAUGUUAACAUUGAUAGAUGCAUUUCAGUUGUGGCAGGGCAUAAGUUCUGAUUUAUUUAUUGGAUCUUGAUAUCAAAGGGUGUUAGAGCAUCUUCAAGAGUUCCUAAAAAGACAAUUGGUAAAUCAAUGAAUUCUCUAUGUGGUUAAAAAAAGUUGGGUUCCUCCAAUUGUUUCCAAAAAUCUUUCUUUUAAGAGAUAUAAGGAAUUUUUUUGUAUCAGAAAUCCCGGACUAUUUACAGAUCACCCAUUAACUUUAAUAUUUUCUUUCGUUCUUGUACAUUUGCAUUGUGAACCCUGUCCUUACUCUUACAGUUCCCCACAUCCUUCCACCUCCAGAUUGGCUGAUUGACACGUUCGUGUAUAUUUGGGCACGAUUGGGUCGAUUUCCCCACGUGUGGAAAGAUUGGGAGUUGUUGGAGAUAGUUUUUUUUUUCAAUUUUACCAAAAAAUUAAGGUUGGAAGUGGGUUUUGGAAGCUCUUGGAGAUGCACAUAGAUGGUAGUUUGUUAUUACUACAUGAAGAAACAAUAAACAAAUAUAAGAUAACUCCAUGGUUUAAAAGUCGUCGCCUAGGCGUCGCCUAGGCGACGCCUAGGCGUCCAGGCGGGGAAAUCUUCUAGGCGUCGGCGCCGCCCAGAGGAAAUCGUGUAUGGCGUCCGCCUUGGCGAGGUAGGCGUCCGCCUUGGCGUCGUAGGCGUCUGGGCGACGCCUUUUCCUCCCUGGGCGACGCCUUAUCUCGUUUUGGGCUUUAGGGUUUUGGCGGCUAGGCGCGCGUUCUGUUUUGGGCCUGUUCCACUGUGCGCGCGCGGCAAAAAUACAUUGUGCGUGCGCGGCGCCGCGGCUGCUCCUUCGCGCGCAAAUCUCUCUGCGCUCUCUCCCUGCUGCUCCUCUCUCCCUGCGCGCGGCGGCUGCUCCUCUCUCCCUGCGCGCGGCGGCUGCUCUGCGCGCGGCGGCUGCUGCGUUCUCCCUGCGCGCGCGCGGCUGCUGCGUGCUCCCAGCGCGCGGCUCCCUGCUACCAGCGCGCGGCUGCUGCUCUCUGCGCGUGGUCUUGCGGCUCCCUGCUCCUUGCCGCAGUGCUAGCUGCUGCUGCUGACUGCGCAACGAGUAGGUUUCUGUCAAGUGUCAAGACUGCAGCGACUAGCGACAAGCCGACAACAUAAUGUCUUCUCGAAAUGAAGCUCCAUCUUCUGUGGCUGGUGAGUACGAUCCGAAGAGCGAUCCUACCCGGAAGCCACGGAAGUCUACUGAUCCAGGGUGGAAGUAUGGAUUUUGGCCAGAUCUUCAAAAUAAAGAUAAGGUGGAAUGCACCCUAUGUGGCCAGGUUGUUAGUGGAGGGAUAAAGAGGUUAAAGCAACAUUUGGCAGGGGCAUAUGGAGAUGCAAAGUUAUGUCCCAAGGCUACCAGUGGAAUAAGGAAGGAGAUGACAAGUUAUUUGGAGGCAAACAAGAGAAAAAGACCAAUGUUUCUAGAUGAAGAUGAAGAAGAUGAUGAAGUGGUGGAGGUGGCAGCAGCAGAUGGGACGAAUGAUACAUCUGCUGUGGAGUCUCAAGCAUCCAAGGUGCAGCCUAGUUCUGGUACAGCAGCCAAAAAAAGACAAUCGACCUUGCAAUUUAAGGCAAACAGUAAAGCACAGCAAAAGACAGCCAAGUCCGUAGUUGAGAUGUUGCGGAAAACACCAGAGGAGGUGGUGGAUGAGAGACUUUCAGGCUCUUAUCAGCCCACAAUCUUGGCUAGUGCAAAAAGCAAGGAGGACAAACACUAUGUGGACAUGCAGUGGGCUUUGUUCUUCUAUGAGUGCGGUGUACCUUUCAAUGCCGCAGCAGCUAGGCAGUUUCAGAUUGCAAUUGAGGCCACAGCACAGUUUGGUUCAGGGUAUAAGCCCCCAACACCUUACCAACUAGGCGAGCCAUUGCUACAAGAGGCUGUGAAGACAACAAAUACAAUGAGGGAGGAACAUGAGCGUGCAUGGAAACACUAUGGUUGCACACUCAUGUCUGAUGGAUGGUCUGAUAGGAGGGGACGCCAUCUCAUUAACUUCUUAGUGAACAGCCCAGAGGGCACUUAUUUUUUAGAGUCCGUUGAUGCAUCUAGUGAAGUACAUGAUGCAUACAUGCUUGCUGAUUUGCUUGAGAAAAAAGUUGAUGAGAUUGGGAGAGACAAGGUUGUACAAGUUGUUACUGAUAAUGGUGCCAAUUACAAAGCUGCAGGCAAGCUUCUAAUGGAGAGGAUUCCUACUUUAUUUUGGAGUCCAUGUGCUGCACAUUGCUUGGACCUAAUGUUGGAGGACAUAGGAAACUUGAAGGAAUUCAAGAAACCAAUUGCACGUGCAAGGCGUGUGACAACUUUCAUAUACCGACACGGGAGAAUUCUUGCUGCCAUGAGAGAGAAAACUGGUGGGGCUGAUCUUGUGAGGCCUGCAGCCACUCGUUUUGCUACUUCCUUUCUCACAUUGAAGAGCUUGUACAAGCACAAGGAUGCUUUGAAGGCUUUAUUUGCAAGCACAGCUUGGACUGAUAACAGAUUGUCAAAGACUAGUGCUGGAUUGGAUGUGUAUAACAUUGUCUUCUCCACACAGUUUUGGAAUUCAGUAGAAGAUUGCCUUAGAGCUUCGGGGCCACUACUUAUUGUACUUAGGGUGGUAGAUGGAGAUGAGAGGCCAGCUAUGCCAGAGGUCCAAGCAUUGAUGAAAUGUGCAAAGGAAAAGAUCAAUCAAAGCUUUGCUGUCCAAAGCAAGAAGACUUUACUCAAGAAAAUCAUAACUAUAAUUGAACGGCGUUGGGAGAAACAAAUGGAUCACCCAUUGUAUGGGGCUGCAAUGUAUUUGAACCCAGGAAAGUUGCAUCCUCUCAUAAGAAAUGAUGAUGAUGCUACUGUUGGUCAGCUAAGAGGUUGCUUUCUUGAUGUGCUUGCAAGAAUGGUAGAUGAUGAGGAAACUAGAGACAAGAUCAAUUCUCAAGCAAUGGAUUACGAGUUUCUUAGAGGAGCAGCUUUUUCAAAUAAGAUGACCAAAGAUAACCUACAAACUAUGACCCCACUUGAGUGGUGGCGUUCGUAUGGUGGUCGUGCUAUUGAGUUACAGAGAUUUGCUAGACGUUUGGUGAGUCUUUGUGCGUCUUCAUCAGGUUGUGAACGCAAUUGGAGUACCUUUGAAUUUAUCCAUACAAAGAAAAGAAACCGAUUGUUGCAUAAGAGGUUGAAUUCUAUUGUCUUCAUUUCCUACAACAGAAAGAUGAAAGCUAGGUUCCAAAAACUACGCCAGAAGAAGGGGAAAAACUUUGAUCCAUUGGUUCAUGAGGACUUCAACUGGGACAAUGAGUGGGCUGAUUCUUUGCAUGUAGUCCCUGAAGGUGGGCGUGGGUGUGAGUGUGACCUUACAUGGGACCUUGUGGAUAAUGCCAUUGGAGCAUCGCAAGCACUUCGUGGCCGAAACUUACCAAGAAGGGCCCAUAAUGUGUAUUCAAGAAGAAAUUCUGUUGCUGCACAAAACAUGUCAGAGGCUGAAGAGGAAGAUGAAGAUGAAAAUGAAGAUGUUCCACAUGACGAUGCAGAAAUCACAGAUUGUGAAGAUGAAUCUAAUGGUGGCAAUGCUGGUGAAGAAGGGGAGGCACCCAAUAUCCCAGGAGAGUUUGAUGAUGAUUUUUGAGCGACGAGAGACAGGGAGAGUAGCUAUUGCUAGAUUGCAUUAGCAAUUUAGCAUAUUUGCUGCAUUACUAACUGCAGCUAGUUACUAUUAAUUAUGCCAUUACAAACUAUCUAUGUGGCUAUUUCAGAUUUGGACAUUUGGUAUUGUGUUGUUUUAAAUUUUGUGACUUGUUGUUGUUUGUGGCUGUUACUAGUUUACUACUUACUAGUUGUUGCUAGUAGCUUGCUAAAUUGUUGUGAUGUUAUCUACUAAGGCGUCGCCUAGGCGCCCGCCUAAGUCGCCUAGGCGGUCAGGCGGUGGCUGGGCGCCUAGUUCCGCCUAGCCGCCUUUUAAACCAUGGAUAACUCAUCUCUAUUAGGUAAGUGCAUGGAUUUCUGAUAAUUGAGUGAGUGACACUAAUAAUAUUUGAGUAAUGCUUAAGAAUCUUUCGGGGCUUCUGUGCAUUAUGCCAAGAGUUAACUGUUCUAUUAGAAAAAAGAAUGAUCGUGUUGUAUUCUUAUUACAGAAAUUCAUUAGGUUUCAUUUCAUGAACCAUGAAAUGGGGCUGAUGAGAAAAAAUGUAAUGCUUGAUGUGCAACCUUACCAGAUUUUUCUUGUUUUAUUUUAUUCCACCAUGGUUGAAACCGAAUUUCAUUACUGGAAGCAACGAAAUUGCAAGUCUGAUAGUACAUAUUACAUGAAGUACUAAAUGAAAUGAGUGCCAUCUCCUCUGGACACCUAGGGUCUAGCCAGGAUGGCAACAAAAAACCACAGCUAAAAGUAUUUUUUCUUGAAGAGGUUACUGGAGAACAGCAUAAGUUUAACUGGUGUUACAUUUACUUAAUUGUCUCUGUCAUUUGUAGGCCUAAAGGCGAAUUUGCAAAGGUUGAGCAGAAGGUUGAAGCUAUGUCCAUUAACCCUUCUGUUGAAAGACAUGAGAGUUUUGCAGCUGGUCAUAGAGGCCCAAGGAAUGGUGAUAAGAAAGAUCAUAAGUGGAAUACUGACAGGGCUGAUGCAUAUAGGCUUACUCGUCGAGAGGACAACAGGAGGGUUGCUAGAGAUAUGGAGAAGCCACAGGAGCAACCACGCCCAGAGCCUGAGACCUGGCGUAAGCCGGUGGAGCCUCCAAAGCUAGAGGUUGCAACACCUCGUUUUGGGAAAGCAGCAACCGCGUUGGAGCUCGCCCAGGCCUUCUCAACGUCUAUGUCUGAUACUGCACCACAGAGCCGGUUGACCAGUGCUCCCAGUCCAAGAGUUCCUCCUAGCCCAGGGGCUAGUAGGGAUCAGUCUGGCUUUUCAAGGCUCACUGACAGCAGGACGUUACACUCGGGCCCUUCCCAGCGAAAGAUAAAUGGCUACUGAUCGCUUGGCACACAUAUUACAUGUGCCACGAUGAUAGCCCAGGCAUCAUGGCCUCGAUGAAGCGCCCAGCUGUAUCUUCAUACUCAACUGUCCCUGCGUGGAGAAGUCCAGUUGUUGCUCUGUCCAAUGGUGGUACGCGAGGGUCUCUAAUCUCAUUGCUGGCAAGCAAAAGGCUCCUCUCCCAUAAGUUUCUGGUCAGUGAUUUAUAACUGACGGUUCGUUUCCUCUCUUGAUAACGAGAGAUGUGAAUUUGUGAACUGUUUCUGCUUAUGUUCGCCAGCCACUAUUUAUUGCUGGGGAAUAAUUGCAGCUGCCUGCGCACCGUAGUUGGUUGCACUUGCAGACGCCGCAAAAUUGGGAUUUUAUCGUGCUAGUUUUGUUUUUUUUUUUUGCCAGAAGAAACUAUUGAUACUUUGUAGUCUUGUUUACUUUACGGUGAUAUUAUGAUUAGAGGAUAGGACCUUCGUUCUUGGUUGUCUAUUUGGUACAAUCCUCGAUUGGAUCACUGAAAUUUCGCUGGAUUACGACUGGAACAGAGAAAUUAUGUUUGAAAA